AUGGGGAAUCUACCGUCUGCUGCGAAGCACUGCCUCAACUACCAGCAGCUUCUCCGCGAGCAUCUCUGGAGCGGAGACUCAGUGGCAGUGGCGCUGGACCCGGCGCAGGAAGCACCCCCGUUAUCUGGACUCCCUGAAUAUGUGAAAAUAGUAGAAGUUGGACCUAGGGAUGGAUUGCAGAAUGAAAAGGUUAUAGUUCCUACAGAUAUAAAAAUUGAAUUCAUCAAUCAACUUUCCCAAACUGGCUUGUCUGUAAUAGAAGUAACCAGCUUUGUGUCUUCCAGAUGGGUACCACAGAUGGCUGACCAUGCAGAAGUGAUGCGCAGCAUUCAUCGGUAUCCAGGCAUUCGCUAUCCUGUCCUUAUACCUAAUCUUCAGGGUUUGCAGCACGCUGUUGCUGCCGGAGCCACGGAGAUAGCAGUUUUUGGUGCUGCCUCAGAAUCUUUCAGCAAGAAGAAUAUUAACUGCUCCAUUGAAGAAAGUAUGGGAAGGUUUGAGGAGGUUAUCCGCUCUGCAAGACACAUGGACAUCCCAGUGCGAGGGUAUGUGUCCUGCGCCUUGGGCUGUCCAUAUGAAGGAAGCAUCACACCACAAAAAGUUACAGAAGUUUCAAAGAGAUUGUAUGGUAUGGGCUGCUAUGAGAUUUCGUUGGGAGACACGGUUGGAGUUGGUACUCCAGGCAGCAUGAAGAGGAUGUUGGAAAGUGUCAUGAAAGAAAUCCCUCCAGGGGCUCUUGCGGUUCAUUGCCAUGAUACAUAUGGACAAGCCCUCGCAAAUAUCCUCACCGCUCUUCAGAUGGGAAUUAGUGUGGUGGACUCUGCUGUAUCCGGAUUAGGUGGCUGCCCUUAUGCGAAAGGUGCUUCUGGGAAUGUAGCCACUGAGGAUUUGAUAUAUAUGCUCAACGGCAUGGGGCUCAAUACAGGUGUGAAUCUCCACAAGGUGAUGGAAGCUGGUGAGUUUAUUUGCAAGGCAGUGAAUAAAACCACAAACUCUAAAGUCUCACAAGCCUCCUUCAAAGCUCGAUUUGAAUGA